GACCCGCGGCUGGUCUCGCCCUCUUCCCGCCGCGCUGCUUCUUCCUCCGCUGCGGCUUCUCUGCCAGCUGCUGGCGAAGGUAGCCCCGCCAGAGGCAGCUGGAAGUGUCCCUUGCAAGUUGCUCCGCUGUUGCGACUCCCGACGCUGUCCCGGGACGAGCGAUGCAAGCCCGCCGUCCUUUUGCAUCACAAGCGCAGUAAUUCCGAUCCUUUUGCCUUUACGGCCCUCCCUGCAGGAAAAUCAGAUUUUCGCCUUCCUCCUUUCGCCCGCGAUGGACUCCAGGCUCCUGCGCCUCUGCCUUUGGGGUGCUUUUUCCGGCUUUUUCCUGCCCGGGGUGUCUGGAAUGACUCCAGAUUGCACCAUCAUGACGGUCAUUGAGGCUGAACGAGAGAAGUGCCUGGGAUACUCCAGUUCGGAUAAUCUGACUUUAGGUUGUGGAAGUCUUUGGGAUAGCAUUAACUGCUGGCCCGCCGCAAAUUUGGGGGAAACAAAAGUGUUGUCCUGUCCUCUCUUUUUCACCUACUUUUCAAAAAUUCAAGGUAACGUCAGCAGGAACUGCACCAGGGAUGGCUGGUCAGAUAUUUAUCCUGCCCCGUAUCCAGUGGCUUGUGGGUAUGACCCCAACAUGACAAUCAGUGAGGAACAGAGUGCCGUCUUCUACGGCACAGUGAAAACUGGAUACACAAUCGGGCACAGUUUGUCUCUCAUUGCUCUGAUAGUGGCCAUGAUGAUUCUCUGCGUCUUCAGGAAGUUGCACUGUACCCGGAAUUAUAUCCACAUGCAUCUGUUUUUGUCCUUCAUCCUUCGUGCCGUGGCCGUCUUCGUCAAAGACUUCAUUCUGUUCGAAAGCAGAGAAUCAGAGUACUGCUCCAUAAGCUCGGUGGGUUGCAAAGCUGCAAUGGUGUUUUUCCAGUACUGCAUCAUGGCUAAUUUCUUCUGGCUUCUGGUUGAGGGCUUGUACCUUCACACCCUCCUGGUCAUCUCCUUCUUUUCGGAGAAGAAAUACUUCUGGUGGUACAUUGUCAUAGGCUGGGGUGCGCCGAUGCUGUUCAUCUUGGCCUGGACCGUCACGAGGAUACACUAUGACAACAAGGGUUGCUGGGAUUUAAUCGAAUCUCCAUACUGGUGGAUUAUCAAAGCUCCCAUUUUGGUUUCUAUACUGGUCAACUUUGUACUCUUUAUUUGCAUCAUCCGGAUCCUGGUUCAGAAGCUUCACUCUCCGGAUGUCGGGCGAAACGAAACAAGCCAAUAUUCGAGACUAGCUAAAUCCACUCUUCUUCUGAUCCCUCUGUUUGGUAUCCACUACACCAUAUUUGCCUUUUUUCCGGACACGGUCAAGAAAGAAGUGAUGAAUGUCAAACUGGUCUUCGAACUUGUUUUGGGGUCCUUCCAGGGCUUCGUGGUCGCGGUGCUGUAUUGCUUCGUCAACGGGGAGGUUCAAGCCGAAAUGAAACGCAAAUGGCGCAGGUGGCAUAUGGAACGCUUCCUGGGUUCGGAUACGAAGUAUCACCACCCGUCUGUUGGCAGCAGUGGCACCAAUUUCACCACCCAGAUCUCGAUGUUGGCUGCCUGCAGCCCCAAAACUCAACGCAGCUCCACUUUUCAAGCUGAAAAAUCUCUGGUUUGAGACGCAGAAGCCGAAAACCGCCCAGGCAAGCGGAAGCUGCAAGCAACAGGAUUUGGGAGUCAAGUAUUUGGCAUUAUUAUUAUCUUUAUUAUUUUUAAAGCUUUUUUUUUUUUUUGCAAGCAGAACUGGGACAAAAUUCUGGGGGCCCAGAGACUCAGAACAAGAAAAGUUAAGCCUGGACAAAUUCCUCCUCCUUUUUCCCCCAUCUGGAAUCGAAGGGGUUGUUCGAUGUUUUGAAGGCCAAGACUGCCGGAAGUGGUUCUU